AUGUCUCAAGAGGAGAUUUUGCGCAAAGUGAGGUGCUAUUUCAACGACGAAGAGUGGGCAGAGAUGCCAGAGAUAACAAAGGAGCGGUACGCCAACAUAAAGCGCAACUACGAUGCCAUGAUCGGCUUGGGUCUUAAACCGGCGAUGCCGGAGUUUAUGAAGGCCAAGCCGGUGUCACCGAAACCAGCGAAACCCCGCGUUGCUUCCACAGAAAACUCUUCUAGCGAAUUCCGCUACCCGAGGCGCCAACGAAAUGAGGUCAACUACAUGGAAUGCGAAGAGGGAGCGGAUGAGGAAUACCUCUUUUGCGACGACUGCAACAUGGACUACCCGGGUGACUGUCCCGUGCACGGACCACUGACACACGUCAAAGACACUCCCGUGCCCUUGGGAGACCCUCAGCGUGCCAACAAGACGGUGCCUGAUGGCUUGUUGGUUCGCCGGUCAACCAUCAAGGGAGCCCAGUACGGCGUGUUCACCAUAAAGCAACUGUCCAAGAGGCUCUGCUUUGGACCGUACGAGGGCGUCACAGUGGACAGCAGCUGUGCCAAUGGAUACACCUGGCAGAUUCGCCAUGGUGGCAGGGUGUACCUGGUGGAUGGCCGGCCUCUAGAUCGCUCCAACUGGAUGCGGUAUGUGAACUGCGCACCCCAGCAAAGCCAGCAGAACCUGCUGGCAUUCGUGCGCCAGGGAGCCGUCUACUAUCGUACAAACCGUGUGGUUUACCCUGGAGAGGAGCUCUUCGUCUGGUACGGAGACGCAUUUGCCAAGCAGCUUGGUCUGAUUGGCAAGUCGGCCACUGCCAGCGCACAGAAUAAGCAAGGUGCAAAAGAGUUUGUUUUCAUUUUUUUCUGCACACUAAAUGAGACAUCUGUGGUUCUGUUUUGA